UGCAGGAAUGUUUCAUUGCCCCAUCUAGAUCUUCCUGUGCUCUUCAUCCCCCAACCAAAACACUGAAAUUGACUGUUUCAGGAAAUAACCAACUAGUGCGUUCCAACUCUACAUCUGUGCAGAACCUGAGCGGAAGAAAAAGUAAAGUAGACGGAGUUAUUCCUUCUUUUUCUCUGCAGUAGACAAAAAGGAAUCAUGGGAGGUGCGCUGGCUGUUAAAACGGUGACAAUGGUUGUGAUGGUAGCACUCUGUGGAGCUGUGCCCACCACUUCACCCAGUCAAGAAGAGCUCUCAAAAGCCCAGGUCUACCUGUCUCAGUUUUUCUCUGAUGUGGGAGUCAGUGCCCCCAACAGCGUGUGGCGCAGCUCUCUAGAUUCCUUCGAAGACACUCUCAGAAAAAUGCAGGAGCAUUUUGGCCUAGAGGUGUCGGGGCAGUUGGACGCCAGCACCCUGGAAGUGAUGGCUCGCCCCCGCUGUGGUUUCACAGAUGUGAGCGCAUAUAGCCACUUUGACGGUCGACCAAAGUGGAACAAGGCUGUGGUAACAUACAGGAUAAUUGACUACACACCAGACCUGAGUCAAAGCGAUGUGGAUGCCACCAUAGCCAAGGCUCUGAAACUCUACAGUGACGUCAUUCCUCUGGAUUUUAAGCACAUCCCCAGGGGCACAGCUGACAUCAUGAUCACGUUCAAGGCUCAAGACCAUGGAGAUUUUUCUCCAUUCGAUGGGAAGAACGGGGUCUUGGCCCAUGCAUUCGCCCCUGGAGAGGGCAUUGGCGGUGACACCCAUUUUGAUGAAGAUGAAAACUGGACUCUAACUCCAGCAGGAGCCAACCUGUUCUUGGUGGCAGCCCAUGAGUUUGGUCAUGCACUGGGGUUGGGCCACUCUAAGGUCCAGACAGCCCUGUUGUAUCCCACCUACCAGUAUGUGAACACAGAGGGCUAUGUGCUACCAGAUGAUGACAGACAGGGAGUACAGGCUAUCUACGGAGUCAGAGCAGCAUCAGCUCAACCAACGACUAAACCUGACCCAAAUCCACAGCCAAACAUACCUGUGCCAAAACCCCAACCUAGACCUGAACCAAAUCCUAAACCCACAUCAGAACCUACUCCAGAUAGGUGCAACAGGAACCUGGUUUUUGAUGCUGCAACCUCCAUUCAGAGCAGUCUCUACUUCUUCAAGGAUGGAUAUUUCUGGAUGAGGAGAAGCUCCUGGGGCGGCAUCAGAAUGAAGAAAAUACAGUCUGUCUGGCCUGGAAUCAGCAAAGUUGAUGCUGCUUACGAGAAUAAGAAAAGCAAUACUGUAAUUUUCUUUGAAGGGAAUCAUUAUUGGGGGAUCAGAGGAAACACUGUCCUACCUGGUUAUCCCAAACCUCUCAGCGACUUUGGCUUCCCUCCAUCUGUCACCAAGGUAGAUGCUGCCGUCCAUGUGUCAAUCACAAGCAAAACCCUCCUCUUUGUGAAUAACAGAUACUGGAGCUACAAUGAAAGGAUGGGCAGAAUGGAUGAUGGGUACCCAAAAUUAAUUAGCGUAGAGUUCCCUGGGAUUGGCUUAAGAGUGGAUGCUGCUUUUGAGAACCAAGGUUACCUGUACUUUUCAUAUGGAUCCAGCCAGACUGAGUACCACUACGCACGGAGAAGAGUGAUUCGCAAUCUGUUAAACCAUGACUGGAUGGAUUGCAACUAAAGAAACGCAGACCAAAAAUACGCACACACAGACACGCAAUCAAGCAUGCAUGCACGCACGCACGCACAGCGCACGCACGCACGCACGCACGCACGCACACACGCACACACGCACGCGCACACCACACACACACACACACACACACACACACACACACACACACACACACACACCAAUACCAGCUAACUAAUCUGGAGUAGGUUAAAGAAGCUUUUCUGUAGAAAUCUGUAUGGGAAUACAUAGAAAUAGCCUACACUAUGAAAUAGUAUAAUAAUCCUGUAGGCAAAAAUUACUUGUUAUUUAGCCACUGUGUUUUCUUGUAUGUAUUGCACAAUUAAACAUGAUUUAAUAAAUCUUUAAAAGCGAAAACA